CAACGGCGAAACUUAUCUUCCAGAUGUCCACCAAGAACCUCUCCCCCAAGAAAGUCGACGUCCAUCUCCCCGGACCGUCCCCCAAACGCCCCCGACACGAUGCCUCCGAGUCUGCCUCUGCGAAGAAGCCAGUGAGCAGGGCUCGGAAGGGUGCACACUCUCGCGCGGGCUCCGUCGCAUCCAUCGCCCGUGAGGACACCAUCGACGCUAGCAUGGCAUCGCCCACGAAGCCCACGUCGAGCAUGAAGCCGCCAUCUAUGAUUACCCAACGCACUGAGACUCCGGAGGACGCUGCAGACGACCGAUCCUCCAUUGGGGAGUCGUCUAAGGCACGUGCCCGGAAGACGGAGUCGGAGCGCCGUCAGUUCCUCGAGGAGGACCCGAGCUCGGGGGACGUUGAGGCACACAAAGUCUUCUGCAAGGCUUGCGAUAGCUGGGUUGAGCUCAACUCGAAGCGGCGGUACAUCAUGCGGCUCUGGCUCGAGCACAAGAAGCAAUGCAAGAAUGCAGCUGUAGAAAGCCCGAGCAAGGCCAAGGCGAGUGCUGCAGAGAAAGUUACAGAUGAGGCAGUAGAGGACGAUGGCGCAUCCAUUGCCGCAACGUCCGUCGCAGAUGGCGGUCACCGCCGAGUCGUGAAGGAAGAGGACCGAAAGGCGAUCCUCGAGGCCGACCCGCGAAUCAGCGAGCUGAAGUCGGACUCGGCCUUCUGCAAGGACUGCCAGAAGUGGGUCAGGCUUUCCCCCAAUACCAAGUACUCGCUAUACCACUGGCGAAUCCAUACCCAGAAGUGCACAAGCACUGUUCCAAGUUCGAGAGUAGCGACCGCUCAGAGGAAGCUGAAGAUUGUCAACGACGCUAACGUGAAGGCAUUCACUGCUCGCAGCGUCGAAUGUAAACUCUGUGAUGCGACCAUCGAGCUCGAAGGAGGCUCCGACUACGAUUUGACGAAGUGGGAAGAGCACAAGUUGACAGUGCAUAACUUGGAAACCCCUGUCCCCGAACCCCGCAACCUCGUUGUGCCCAAGACUAUCGACGGCGCAACUCCCGCGACACCUCGUCCCCCACCAUCCACCGCCUCCACCGAAGAGACGGUGGUCGCAACCGAUUCGUCUCCUCCGCGCAAGAACACGAAGCGCGCGCGUGAGGAUGACGACGAGGAGGUCGCCGUCGCCGAACGCUCCGUACGUCCCCGCGACGAGACUUAUACCGCCCCGGAGGGCGAGUCUCCCGGCUUCCUCAACUGGAUUGUCGCGCCGGUCAAGCACUUCUUCCGUGGCUUCCGCGAGGGUCUGGCCGGCUCAGGUUGAAUCCAGUCUGUGCUCAUACCCUCUCGCCAUCGCAUCUACUUACCCACAUGCCCAUCUCAAUACGUCACUCUUUGCGUAAACGUUUCCCUUCCUGAUCUCA